UGGGGGCCGGGGAGGUCUCGGUGGGGGGCGCUGACAUCAGUGCCAAGUUCGCUGAGCCCAGAACCCCACGUGCGGAGGCUGCGGCCGUGGCCGGGAGGCUCCCGGACCGGGUCCUCGGUUCCCCGGCUGGUUCCGCACUCGGUGCCCGCGGCGGCUGGCGGGUCCCCCGCAGCCCGGCCCCGCCGCGCGCGCACAGGUGGGCACCGGCGCAGUUGGGAGCAGCCCGGUGGCACGGAGAGCGCGCGGGCCUUCAGGCUCCCGCUGGGACUGAGGGACUCUCGCCCCCGGGUGGAGACAGCCCGAGCCCCGAGCUGUGAGAGGCCCCGGGGGGAACCCGGCAGAAGGGGGCGGCUGGAGGGACCUUUGCUCGCCGCAGCCUGCAGCAGCUCUGCGCGCCCCCUGGCCGGGUCGGGGUGAAGGAUGCACGGUCGCUGAGCCCAGACCGGGUGGAGACGCGCGUCUACACCGCUGCCGCUGAGUCCCCCCCCUCCGACACCCUCCCCCCCCCCCAACUGCAGCCACUCCUGAGAAACCGGGUUUCCGAGCGCUGCCCCAGGCUCAGGACUUCGGCACAUCUCUGACGAUGGUUUCCUAAGCACGGCACCACGUCCCCCUCCUGCCCCUUCUACCGGAGGCGCACCGGCGUCCCGGGGCUCCCCGAGGACCCCCACUGCCCACUCCCGGGGCAGCUCGCACGGCCACCGGGGCGCACGGACGAUGUGGCUUCCGUCCAGCGCGCAGGCCCUCCGGGGGGAUGUCGCGGCACCUGGUGGGGGCCCGGCCUAGCAUGGCCCGCGAGCCGCUGGCCGUCGCCUCCGGCUAGGAGGAUGGCCCCUCCGGGCCCCGCCGAGCCGCUGUCCCGCAGCAUCUUCCGGAAGUUCUUGCUGAUGCUCUGCUCCCUGCUCACGUCCCUGUACGUCUUCUACUGCCUGGCCGAGCGCUGCCAGACCCUGUCGGGCCCCGCGGUGGGGCUGUCCGGCGGCGGCGGCGAGGCGGAGGCGGGGGCCCUGAGUCCGGGCUAUCUGGCUGGGGGCCCGCGGGAGCUGGCGGCGUGGCCGGCGGCGGCGCAGACCAAGCGCCUCCUGCAGCUGCAGCGGUGGCGGCGCCGCCGGCCUCCCGCACCCCGCACCGCCGACGGCGAUCAGCCGGCCUGGGAAGAGGAGCCCCCGGGGCUCGCGGCCGGUCCGGGCGGCUCCGGAGCCGGGAGCAACGUGGCCGAGGCGCCGCCGCCUCCGCCGCCGGGGACCUUGGCUCUGCUGCUGGACGAAGGGAGCAAGCAGCUGCCGCAGGCCAUCAUCAUCGGGGUGAAGAAGGGCGGCACGCGGGCCCUGCUCGAGUUCCUGCGUGUGCACCCCGACGUGCGCGCAGUGGGCGCCGAGCCCCACUUCUUCGACCGCAGCUACGACAAGGGACUCUCCUGGUACCGGGAGCUGAUGCCCAGGACCCUGGAGGGGCAGAUCACCAUGGAGAAGACGCCCAGUUACUUUGUCACCCGGGAGGCACCUGCCCGCAUCUCCGCCAUGUCCAAGGACACCAAGCUCAUCGUGGUGGUGCGCGACCCGGUGACCAGGGCCAUCUCGGACUACACGCAGACGCUCUCCAAGCGGCCCGACAUCCCCACCUUUGAGAGCUUGACGUUCAAAAACAGAACUACGGGCCUCAUCGACACGUCGUGGAGCGCCAUCCAGAUCGGCAUCUACGCCAAGCACCUGGAGCACUGGCUGCGCCACUUCCCGCUCGGCCAGAUGCUCUUCGUGAGCGGCGAGCGGCUCAUCAGCGACCCGGCCGGCGAGCUGGGCCGCGUGCAGGACUUCCUGGGCCUCAAGAGGAUCAUCACCGACAAGCACUUCUACUUCAACAAGACCAAGGGCUUCCCCUGCCUGAAGAAGGCCGAGGGCAGCAGCAAACCCCACUGCCUGGGCAAGACCAAGGGCAGGACCCACCCCGAGAUCGACCGAGAGGUGGUGCAGAGACUGCGCGACUUCUACCGGCCUUUCAACUUGAAGUUCUACCAGAUGACCGGGCAUGACUUUGGCUGGGAUGGAUAACAAUAUAAUUUAAAAUAAAUAAAUAAAAAUUAUCGAAAUAUAAUAUAUUUUUUUAUCAAUCGGUAGAAGAAAGGCAGUUUAAUAUUUGCUCUGAAACUAUUUGUCCUCAGUAUUUUUUUUUCAAUGAAUGUAGAGAUUAUUCUCGCCUUCACACACCGACAUCAAACAUUUGGAGAAAAAAAAAAGGAGGGGGGAUUUCACUAAUCUAAAUUCUUUCAUUUUUAACGGUAUGUCUUCUGUAUACAAAGUAUGAAUAUCAAUUGUCAUUAAAACUUUAAACCCUGAGAGUAAAUCUCCUUACAGACAAAAGUUGAUGUCUGCCUACCUUUUUUAAUUUUUUCCCUUUGUGCACUUUUUCUGAAAACCAUUUCCCUAUUAAUAACAAUGUAUGUGUGUUUACUACUUCAUUGCUGUGCUUUCAAAUAAAAUACCUUUUUUUUCCCCCCAUCCUUACAAGACAAUGUGGUGUAUAGAUUAUGGUUCUCAUGUUACAUAAAAGGAAACUGAGUCUCAGAGGUGUUAGAUAGCCUAUCUAAAGUGAGAUGGUGGACUCUAGAUCAAACCCCAUUCUCUACCUC